AGAAAAUUUAAUUUUCAAUUACCAGAGGAGCAAUAUGAAUUGAGUUUUCUUAGUCAUCUACAAAGAGGCAAAUUGACCGUACAAACUUGCUUGUUUUCUUGUAUACAAAGCAAGCUUCGGACCUCAUGGACGAGCCAAGGAAUUUGGGAAAAACAAAAGCUAGUGCCAGUGCGGCUGACAUUGAACUAGCCAGUAGUACCAGUGCGGGUGACAUUGUAAUAGCCAGUAGUACCAGUGCGGCUGAAUUUGUAGUUGGAGCCAGUGAGGCUGAAUUUGUACUUCGAGCCAGUGCGGAAUCUCAUAUAACGAUCCCAGGCGUUAAAAUUCCAUUUCACAAGGAGUCGAAAACCCUGUCCCAUCUGCGGUGUAUCUAUAGAGUUCCUAAGCGACUACGGCGGGGAAAUGAGGAAGCGUAUACACCUCAAGUAGUCUCUAUAGGCCCACUUCACCAUGGCAAUGAACACUUAAAAGCCAUGGAAGAGCACAAAACAAGGUACCUGCGACAUUUUCUAAGUCGACCGGGGGUAAGCUACCGUCAUUGUAUAAAUAUGAUAACGAACCAAGUGGAAAACUUGCGAGGUUUUUAUGCAGAAUCCAUUGUGUCUGAAAAAAAAAAAAUAUUCCAAAAAACAAAAAAAGAAAGUGAUAAAUUUGUCGAAGUUGUUUUAGCGGAUGCCGCCUUCGUCAUUGAGCUCUUAUUGAGGUACUAUUGCAUAACAAAGGAACUUGAAGAUGAUUACGGUCAAGGUGAAGAUGAUUACAUAUUGAAAAACCCCGGGAUGUUUUGGGAUGUGCGUCCAGACUUGCGGUUGCUUGAAAAUCAGCUGCCAUUCUUCAUUCUUCGGGAUCUUUUCGACACAGCUUUUUCUUCUUCACCUCAGCUGCCUUCAUUACUUAAAAUUUCCUACCAUUUUUUCAAAAAAGAAAUUGAUGGCAAGGGAAAAAAAGAGAAUUUUUCCAAACUACUUUCUUCUGGAGAAGAAGUAAAGCAUUUUGUUGAUCUGAUAAGAAUUCUAUACCGACCGUUGGAACCAAAAAAGAAAUCCACAGACAAAUACAACAUCACAGCCACACCCAACGUGACAAAGCUACACCAGGUUGGAGUCAAGUUUGAGGUAAGAAACGGUAGCAGUUUAUUUGACAUCAAAUUCUCGCGUGGGAUCCUCGAAAUUCCAAAGUUAACAGUGAACGAUACCACGGAGCUGACACUCAGAAAUUUCCUUGCUUUUGAACAAUGUCAUCACGGAGAGGAGGAUUUCCUAGCUAAUUAUGUUUUCCUUAUGGGGCUUCUCGCGAAAACCCCAAAGGAUGUGCAAUUGCUUGUUGAGAAGGAAAUCAUUGAAAAUUGGCAAGGUGAUACCGAGAAGAUAUCUACUUGGCUUCAUGACCUUGGCACCGGGAUGAUGCUUCACAACCAUUAUUAUGCCCCUCUUUGUAAAGAGCUGAAAGAUUACCGCAAAAAUCCCUGGCACGGAUGGAUGGUAAUUUUGAAACAAAAAUAUUUUAACACGCUUUGGGCCGGUAUUUCUUUUGUUGCUGCUGGUAUUCUCCUCGCACUCACUCUCAUACAAACAGCGUGCUCUUACAAAUCUGCCCCGCUCUUAUAAAUCUGUCCUUUAAGCAUCAACGACCGCAAGUCUCUCCCUCGCCAUAUCCUUGGAAGUCUAGCCUAGUCUUUGAGAGAGUACAGAGUUUGCAUUUCAAUCUCAGGUUUCCUUCAAGGGAGUGUAAUAGAUGUUCCAACAAAAUAAAGUAUUCAAGAGUGUGAUUUUAUAUUUGAUAGGGAAGCAGUGUCUACUUGUAAUGGCUUUGUUGAAGUGUGUGUUGUAAAUAAAGAGAAGUGAUUCCCGCAAA